UCCUGUGGGAGCCGCCGGGUUGAGAGGAGCGUGGCUCUCUCCUCUCCCCGCCAUGGCGUGUACUCGCCCACUGAUAUCAGUGUACUCUGAAAAGGGGGAGUCAUCUGGCAAAAAUGUCACUUUGCCUGCCGUGUUCAAGGCUCCUAUUCGACCAGAUAUUGUGAACUUUGUUCACACCAACUUGCACAAAAACAACAGACAGCCCUAUGCUGUCAGUGAAUUAGCAGGUCAUCAAACCAGUGCUGAGUCUUGGGGUACUGGCAGAGCUGUAGCUCAAAUCCCCAGGGUUCGAGGUGGUGGGACUCACUGCUCUGGCCAGGGUGCUUUUGGAAAUACGUGUCGUGGGGGGCGCAUGUUUGCACCAACCAAGACUUGGCGACGUUGGCACCGGAGAGUCAACACAACGCAGAAGCGAUAUGCCAUCUGCCCUGCACUGGCUGCCUCGGCCUUAUCAGUGCUGGUCAUGUCUAAAGGUCAUCGUAUUGAGGAAGUUCCUGAACUUCCCUUGGUGGUUGAAGAUAAAAUUGAAAGCUACAAGAAGACCAAGGAGGCUGUUUUACUUCUGAAGAAACUUAAGGCAUAGAAUGAUAUCAGAAAGGUCUAUGCCUCUCAGCAAAUGAGAGCGAGCAAAGGCAAAAUGAGAAACCGGUGCCGUAUCCAGUGCAGGGGACCCUGCAUCAUCUAUAAUGAGGACAAUGGUAUCAUCAAGGCCUUCAGAAACAUCCCUGGAAUUACUCUGCUUAACAUAAGCAAGCUGAACAUUUUGAAACUUGCUCCUGGUGGGCAUGUGGGGCAUUUCUGCAUUUGGACUGAAAGUGCCUUCUGCAAGUUAGAUGAGCUGUAUGGCACGUGGCGUAAAGCUGCCUGCCUGAAGAGUAACUACAACCUCCCCACGCACAAGAUGCUCGGUACAGACCUUAUGAUUCAACUGCAUUCUCCAAAGCACGAGAUGGAGGAGCUAAACUUAGGCUGUGGAUUUCUGUAUGUGCCUUCUAUCUGGCUGCCAUAGAGGUACAGAUAAUACACGU